UGACCUUGUCUUUAUCCGAAAAGAAUAAACAAGUGGCGAAGUCGAUCAAAAAAUUGAUAGGGGGGAGCAGUGAUGUAAUGAGUCCACAUACACAUUGACCGAGUGACACGUUUGAAAGUCUACACACCAACAUAUUGAUUGAAAACGCAUUAACGUUUAACAAAUUAACGCCACCCCAAAACCCACACAACACGAGAUGAGAGCCAUACAACAGCGGCAGCAGAGCAACAGAUUCUUUUGCAUACAAAUCAAACCUACCUACUCUACUACUAUAACGUAAUUAUCUCCCUAAAGACACACACAGAAUCUCUAUAUCCUAGCUACUGUAUACUACUACUUCUAGGUCUGGAAAAAUGCAAGGAAUGUAGAUAGAUAAUAGAAAAAAACCACAUAUAAGGUGGUUAAGAAAGAGAUAAUGAUGAAAUUUGCACACUGAGCAAAGACUGUUGAACCUACAAGACACAGCCCAACGAAUUAAAAGCCUCCCGUUCUGAAAGCCAGCCGACCCCAAAAAUUUAACAACAAAGGCUUAUUAGUGAGUGUGUGUGUGUGUGUGUUUCGAGCCGACUGAAAACUGUAUCCCUACCCGGCUUUAAGAGGAAUUCUGUAAAAAGCUGCUCACUGUUGUUUGGCACCUAAUAAGCUUCCAGUACCCACACACAUAAUAAACUGUUUCUGUAAUCUCCCCUCGACACACAGAAUCUUUAUCAUCUCCACACAAACACAACAAACCAUAGUAUUCGUAUUCUCUCACCCUCUCUCUCUCGCACACACACACUGAACCGUCCAUAUAUACCCCUUCUUCCUGCUCCCUUAACCCCCGAAAUUUUUCAUAUCCAUUUCUAUUGCUUUUGACCCAAAAAUCACUCUUCCAAACACUUGUCCCUUUUACUCCUUACUUUGUUUAGCCCAAACAAUAUAGAAAGACAACCUCGAAAGCACAAGUAACAGAAAAAGAAAGAUGCCGUCGGAGAGCUGUGAGAGGAAACCAACGAAGCAAAGCCAGCUGGGAGCACCACCACCGGAGACGGAACAACUCCGAUGCCCACGGUGUGAAUCAAGCAACACCAAGUUCUGUUACUACAACAACUACAACUUCUCCCAGCCACGCCACUUCUGCAAGGCCUGCCGCCGUUACUGGACUCAAGGCGGCGCCCUCCGCGACAUCCCCGUCGGCGGCGGCACCCGCAAGAACGCCAAGCGCUCGCGCACUCUCUGCUCUCCCGGCGUCCUCACCGUCGCCGCCACCGCCUCCGCCACCACCACCUCCUCCUCCUCCUCUCCCGCCUACGAGUACCGUCACACUCCGCCGCCCACCGCUACUUCAUCCCUUCUAUCCCCACUUUCCGCCGAUCACCGCGGAGGUUCCAUCCCUCUCUUGACCGCUGCCGAUGCUAAAAUCGGAACGAGUUGUGGGAGUUUCACUUCGUUGCUGAACACUCAUGGGCCUGGGAUUUUUGGACUUGGUGGGUUUGGGCUGGGGCUUGGUACUGGAGUUGUUGAGGACGUGGGAUUUGGGCUCGGAAGAUCUGUUUGGCCGUUCCCUGGUAUUGCGGUGGCAGACGGCGGUGCAACCGGUGGUGUUGGUGGGCCAGGUCAUCAUGGGCUUGGAAACGGGUGGCAGUUCCAGAGUGGAGGAGAAGCUGCCGGGAAUUUCGGUGGAGAUUGUUUCACUUUGUCUGAUAUCGCUCUUGCUAGAACAGGCCAUGCCUAAACAUCAUCACAUCAUUCUCUCUCCCUCUAGCUAGUUCCAGUUAAUUAGUUGCUCUAUUAUUAUUAUGGUCAAAUUAAGCUUCAUGAUAAUGUGCAUUUUGCUAAAGAAGGUCGAAGAAAUUGGUAAAGGGGAAACUGGUUUAAUUAGCAAGGUAGGUAGAUUGAUUAGUAGUGUUGAAGUUGCUGGAUGAUGAUCAAUCCUUGGAAAAAGAAACAAGAAAAUUGUGUAAUAGUAGUCGUAGUUGGGAUCGAUUUUAGGAAGGCUUGGUUGUAAAAGUUUCUAACUCCUUUUGUUCCUUCUUAUUUCUAAUAUGACCAAAAAAAAAAAAGGUUAGUGCUAUCUUUAAUCUUGUUUCCCUGUCAUAAUAUAUUACUCCCUCCGUCCCAAAAUUAUUAUCCAAAUUUUUAUUUU